CCUGCCACUCACUGGAUCCAAAAUGAAGACCCCUCUCCACACCUACAGCAUCGUGCUGGUCCUGCUCUCGCUGCCGGCUGUCCUCCAGGCCACCACUGCCCGAAAGAAUGACAUCGACAUCUAUAGCUUCACUGUGGACUCCAAGGUCUCAUCCCGAUUUGCCCACACGGUCGUCACCAGCCGGGUAGUCAACAAGGCUGAUACUGUGCAGGAGGCCACCUUCCAGAUGGAGCUGCCCAAGAAAGCCUUCAUCACCAACUUCUCUAUGAUCAUCAAUGGUGUGACGUACCCAGGGAACAUCAAGGAGAAGGCUACAGCCCAGGAACAGUACAGCGCAGCCGUGGCCAGGGGAGAGAGCGCCGGCCUUGUCAAGGCCACUGGGAGAAAGAUGGAGCAGUUCCAGGUAUCUGUCAAUGUGGCUCCCGCAGCCAAGGUCACCUUUGAGCUGGUGUAUGAGGAGCUGCUCAAGCGGCAGCUGGGAGUGUAUGAGCUGCUGCUGAAAGUUCGGCCCCAGCAGCUGGUCAAGCACCUGCAGAUGGACAUUCACAUUUUCGAGCCUCAGGGCAUCAGGUUCCUGGAGACAGAGAGCACCUUCAUGACCAACGAACUGGCAAAUGCCCUCACCGUCUCGCAGAACAUGACCAAGGCUCACAUCCGGUUCAAGCCAACGCUCUCCCAGCAGCAGAAGUCUCCGGAGCAGCAAGACACAGUUCUGGACGGCACCUUCAUCGUCCGCUAUGAUGUGAACCGGACCGUCUCUGGGGGCUCCAUUCAGAUUGAGAAUGGCUACUUUGUGCACUACUUUGCCCCCGAGGGCCUGCCCACAAUACCCAAGAAUGUGAUCUUUGUCAUUGACAAGAGUGGCUCCAUGAUGGGCAGGAAAAUCCAGCAGACCCAGGAAGCCCUAAUUAAGAUCCUGGACGACCUCAGCCCCAAAGACCAGUUCAACCUUGUCUGCUUCAGCGGGGAAACAACCCAGUGGAAGCCAUCGCUGGUGCUGGCCUCGGCUGAGAACGUGAAGGAGGCCAAGAACUACGCUGCUGUCAUCAAGGCCCAGGGAGCGACCGACAUCAACGCUGCGACACUGAGGGCUGUGCAGCUGCUGACGAGAGCCAACCAGCAGGAGCUGCUGCCCGCAGGGAGCGUCUCCCUCAUCAUCCUGCUCACCGACGGCGACCCCACUGUGGGGGAGACCAACCCUGCGAGCAUCCAGAAGAACGUGAAGGCAGCCAUAGGCGGCCAGUACAGCCUCUUCUGCCUGGGCUUCGGCUUCGACGUCAGCUACGCCUUCUUGGAGAAGCUGGCACUGGACAACGGUGGCCUGGCUCGGCGCAUCUAUGAGGACUCAGACUCUGCCCUGCAGCUCCAGGACUUCUACCAGGAAGUGGCCAACCCACUGCUGAUGAGGGUGGCCUUCGAGUACCCGAGCAAUGCCGUGGAGGAGGUGACACAGGACAACUUCCGGCUGCUCUUCAAGGGCUCCGAGAUGGUAGUGGCCGGGAAGCUCCGGGACCAGAGCCCUGAUGUGCUCUCAGCCAAAGUCAGCGGGAAGGUGCACUUGCAGAACAUCACCUUCCAAAUGGAAUCCAGCGUGGCCCAGAAGGAGGAGGAGUUCCGGAGCCCCAAGUACAUCUUCCACAGCUUCAUAGAGAGACUCUGGGCGUACCUGACCAUCCAGCAAUUGCUGGAGCAAAUAGUGUCUGCAUCAGAUGCUGAAAAGCAGGCCCUCGAGACCCAAGCUCUAAACCUGUCACUCAAGUACAGCUUUGUCACCCCCCUCACGUCCAUGGUGGUCACCAAACCUGAAGGUCAAGAACAGUCUCAAGUUGCUGAGAAGCCCCUGGAAAAUGAAAACAGACACAGGAACGUCCACCCAGGUCACACUGCCUUCAAAACUCAUUCCGUGGGAGACAGAAUGUCCAGAAUAACAGCCGGGACUUUCCAGAAGCUACCCAGCUUCCCACGGAGAUUUGGACAACCCGGACCUCUUCAUCCUCCUCAUCGUUCUUUCCCACCCCACCAUGGUAUGCUGCUACCAGACGUGUUAGCACCCUCAGUUCCUGAUCAAGUGUUUCAUGGCGUGGAUUUAAGAAUCAAAGGUGCCCCCCCAGGCCAAAAGCCCUGCAGUAGACUCUGGCCCUAUAGCAGGGAGACCCUGGGAGAGGAUAGCCCCCGGAAUCUCUAUGAACCUGUCACAUGGACUCUUUUUCUUUCAGAAACAACUACCACGACAGCCCAGUCCCCAGCCCACAUCCAGGCUCCUCCUGUCAUCCUGCCGCUACCUGGGCAGAGCGUGGACCAGCUCUGCGUGGACAUCAAGCGCUCUCAGGGGCUGAUGAACCUGCUCUCAGACCCUGACCAAGGGGUUGAGGUGACUGGCCAGUAUGAGACAGAGAAGGCCCAGUUCUCAUGGAUCGAGGUGACCUUCAAGAACCCCCAGCUGCAGGUCCACGCAUCCCCUGAGCAUGUGGUAGUGACUCGGAACCGAAGAAACUCUGUGUACAAGUGGAAGGAAACGCUGUUCUCAGUGAUGCCCGGCCUCAAGAUGACCAUGGAUAAGGCAGGGCUCCUGAUGCUAAGCAGCCCAGACAAAGUGACCAUCGGCCUGCUGUCCUGGGACGGCCCUGGGAAGGGGCUCCGGCUCCUUCUGCGAGACACUAACCGCUUCUCCAGCCAUGUCGGUGGGACUCUUGGCCAGUUUUACCAGGACGUGCUCUGGGGGCCCCCAGCAGCGGCGGAUGACAGCAAGCGCACACUGAGGGUUCAGGGGCAUGACCUCUCUGCCACCAGAGAGCUCAAGCUGGAUUACCAAAACGGGCUCCCAGGAACAGAGAUUUCCUGCUGGUCUGUGGAGCUGUAGUUCUGAUGGGAGGAGUUAUGCCCACCCCCCAUGCCACCCAACUGUGUGCAGAUGGCUGUCACCGUAUGACCACAGGGCCCCUCUAGGGCCUGGACCAUGGUGGGAAGGGGUAGUUCCACUCAUUACAAAUAAAGAAAGAUGUGUGAGG